AUGCCCCCGCCUGCCUCCGCCAAGCCCAAGCCCGUCCUCCCCACCGCCCCCGUGUCCUCCACAGACACCGCGCUCUGCACGCUCCGACGCAAGGUCUCCUGCGCAUUCUCCACCCUCGUCCACCGUGCGCACUCCAUCCCUCCUGACGCGCCCCAGCCCCGCCCGUUGUCCAACAUGCUCACGCGGGAGCCCACCGCGACCGCUUCUGGCGACGUGUCCGAUGCCCACGCCGAGGACGGAGGGAAGGAAGAUCCGGAAACUGCGGAGCGCAAACGUCGGAGUCGGCUCUCCUACACCGCCGUCGUCGUCUGCAACUUCCUCAGCGCUCUCGAUGUCACCGCCGUGUCCACUGCGCUUCCGACGAUCAUAAAAGACCUCAAUGGAGGCGAGGAGUUCGUCUGGCUCGCCGACAUCAUCGGUCACUGUCCAAUCAUGCUUACCUGCGUCGGCUUUUUCUUUCUUGGCAGUCUCCUCCGUGCCACCGCUCAAAACAUGCACUGGCUCAUCGCUGCACGGACGGUACAGGGUAUCGGCAGGGAGUGGAUCAUCAAUCUGGCCUCGAUAAUCACCUCAGACCUCGUCCCUUUGGCCGACCGCGGUCUUUACCAAGGCCUGCUCGUGCUCACCUGGGCAUCCGCGGCUGGCAUCGAGCCCGUCAUCAAGGUUACGUGGAGGUGGCUGUUCUAUCUGAACCUCCCUCUGGCCGGUAUCGCGUUCUCCCCUGCCAUGAUAUUCCUCCGCGUCCGAACUCCAGAAGGCAAUUUGCGCGAGAAGGUAGCACACAUUGACCUUGUGGGCGACUUCAUCAUCAUCGCCGGCACGACGCUCACGUUUGUCGCGCUCACAUGGGGAGGAAUUCGCUAUCCUUGGAACUCUGCGCACGUACUCGCGCCACUCAUCCUCGGCCUUCCUUUACGAGGUGUUUGUCGCGAAGCAUCCAACCGCACCAGUCUCGUGGGCUACAUUGGCACCUUCUUGCACGGAAUUGCCAGCAUCGCGGGCGCGGGCGUGGGGAUGCGCGGGACGGAUGCGCAGGUGGUGGUGCUGAUGUACUACUAG